UGUCUCCGGGGAAAAAAAUAAAGAUUAUUGCAGGCGCUAACUUGGAGGGAAAGGGGUCCGCCCGGGAUCCCUGAGGACCUGCCCGGGGCGGGAGGAGCCGUCCUUCCCCUGGCCCCGCCCCUCCUGCCCUCCUGCCUUCCGAAGGAGGAGACCCCCCCAGGGCAGGGACAAGGGGGCGGAGAAGCGGGAGCGACACAUUUUUGAGUCGUGACCAAGUGGAAACUCCCUCCCCGAGGCGGAAGCCGAGGGCGCCCCACUGGGGCCCAAGCCUCCGCCGGGGCGGGAUUCCAGGCCGGGGGCGGGGGCCGCCGGUGACCCGGGCCCCGCCUCUCGCCCCCCUCAUGAAUAUGAAUAAGCCGGCUAGGGAGCGGAAGUGCGAGGCGGCCCCAGCCGGGCUGGCUCCGCCACUGACUGCGGGGGCUUGAGGCCGGGGGGCGUGGUCUGGCCCGGACGCCCCGCCCCUACACCCACGCGGGGCCUCCUUCCGGCCGGCGCGCCCCGGACGUGACCUCGAGGGCGCGCGCUGGGAGCCGCCCGACGGGGCGCAGACAGCACCCUCCUGGCGUCGGCGCCCGCAGUCAUUCUUUCCAACGCUGGGGACACGGGAGUCAGAAAUGAAACAGCCCUGUCCUCGUGGGGCUUACGUUCAGGCGCAAGGGCCACCAGUCGAAUUGGGAAACCGCCUCGGAUGUCACAUGAGCGCCCAGGGAAGACAGGGUAGGGCCUCGCUGGGGAGGUGACUUGAGUCAACACUCAAAGGAAGGAAGCGAGGGAGCAAGCCAUGCGAAGAACUAACGAAGGAACAUUCCAGAAAGAUUUCACAUCGCAGGCCUAAGGUCCAGGGGCAGCAGACAUUGAGGCUGAUGUGGCUGGAUUGGAGAGAAAGAGGAAUUAAAAGGAUGGGAUAAUGACAAUAAUGGCUCACAUUUUUUAGCAAGAGUAGGGACGGGGUUUCACCGUGUUCGCCAGGAUGGUCUCGAUCUUCUGACCUCGUGAUCCGCCCGCCUCGGCCUCCCAAAGUGCUGGGAUUAUAGGCGUGAGCCACCGCGCCCGGCCCGCAACAGAUUCCUUGAGGUUGAAGUUCAGUGACAUGAUCACGACUCACCGCAGCCUUAACUCCCGGGCUCAGACAAUCCUCCUGCCUCAGCCUCCUAAGUAGCUGGGACUUCAGACAUAAACCACUGUGAGCAGCCAAGAGACCCACCUUUUACAGGCCUUGCCAACAUUCCACUAACUCCCGAGACUCAGCGGGACCAGGAGCGGCGGAUUCGAAGGGAGAUCGCCAACAGCAACGAGCGGAGGCGCAUGCAGAGCAUCAACGCGGGAUUCCAGUCCCUCAAGACCCUCAUCCCCCACACAGAUGGAGAGAAGCUCAGCAAGGCAGCCAUUCUCCAGCAGACAGCCGAGUACAUCUUCUCCUUGGAGCAGGAGAAGACCAGGCUCCUGCAGCAGAACACACAGCUCAAGCGCUUCAUCCAGGAGCUGAGCGGCUCGUCCCCCAAGCGACGGCGGGCAGAAGACAAGGACGAAGGCAUCGGCUCUCCGGACAUCUGGGAGGACGAGAAGGCGGAGGACCUGCGGCGGGAGAUGAUUGAGCUGCGGCAGCAGCUGGACAAGGAGCGCUCGGUGCGCAUGAUGCUGGAGGAGCAGGUGCGCUCGCUGGAGGCCCACAUGUACCCUGAAAAGCUCAAGGUGAUUGCGCAGCAGGUGCAGCUGCAGCAGCAGCAGGAACAGGUGAGGCUGCUGCACCAGGAGAAGCUGGAGCGGGAACAGCAGCACCUGCGGACCCAGCUUCUGCCCCCUCCGGCCCCCACCCACCACCCCACGGUGAUCGUGCCAGCACCACCUCCCCCUCCCUCCCACCACAUCAACGUCGUCACCAUGGGCCCCUCCUCGGUCAUCAACUCUGUUUCUACAUCCCGGCAAAAUCUGGACACCAUCGUGCAGGCAAUCCAGCACAUCGAGGGCACCCAGGAAAAGCAGGAGUUGGAGGAGGAGCAGCGGCGAGCUGUCAUCGUGAAGCCCGUGCGCAGCUGCCCGGAGGCCCCCACCUCUGACACCGCCUCUGACUCUGAGGCCUCAGACAGUGACGCCAUGGACCAGAGCCGGGAGGAGCCUUCGGGGGACGGGGCGCUUCCCUGACUACCCCCCCUGCCCUCCUCUCCCUUCUGGGGGCUGGAGGGAGCUGGGGCAGCCACAGGGAGAGACGUGGGUGAAUGAGUGAGAAAUUUUUACAAAAUGACGAUGUCAUUUGGGUCUCUUUUAUGACCUCUUUUUCAAUACUGUAAAUCGACCUUUGAACGAAGCCACUCAACCCGAGAUUCCAGGGCUGGGGUGUCGCAGAGCGUGUGGGAGCAUCGGGACCCCAGGGCUGGGCCUCGGCCCCGGGGGCUGGGGGAAGCUGACACGGAGAUGCCUGGCCUUUCUCUGCCAAAAAGCAUUUUUUUUCCUUUAAAUAUGUUUUUUAAGAACAGGGAAAAUCAAACAAAACCCCAGGUUGUUUCUUCCCUGCCCAGAGCCAGCCUAGGACUGUCAGCCUUCGAUCCCCUUUCCCUCCUCUUUUUGGGUUUUCUUCUUUCUCCUUUAAGCACUUAGAUGGGUUGGGGUCAGACUGGGCCGGGGUGUCCUGGGGGCCCGGGGGUCUCCGUUGCUUCUCGGUUGGGGUUUGCUGCUGCUGUGCCCCCUUCCCCAUUCCCCAUCUCGGCACUAGAAUUCGCCACUUCCCCACCCCCCAGCCCCCACCUCUGCCUCCGGGUCUCAUCUUCCACCCCAAAAAAGUCCGUUUUUCUCUUUUUUUUUUUUUUUUUUGUUGGUUUUGUUUUGUUUUGUUUUUUUUUUUUUGGUUUUGCUUUCUGUUUUUGUUUUUGUUUUGUUUUGUUUCUCUUUUCUGUUUUUUUUUUUUUUUUUUUUUUUUUUUUUUUUAACAAUUUUGAGGUCUUCAUGUUCAAGGAGAAGCUAUUAUAUUUUGUUAAGAAAGUGGGGAGAAAAAAACCAAGAGGCCACCGUGCCUUUGUAAAGAAACAAAAUAAAGUUUGUACUUUGUUUUUUA